AGGGAGAGGCCGGCAGAGGCCCGGCUCCGGUGGCUCCAGCUUUCCUCCCACUCUGGCUCCCCAGGGGCUGCUCUGGAAUUCUCUCGGUGCCCGCCGUUGCCAUGCACUCGGCUGGGCCUGCCGGAGCUGAGUCCCCCAUGAGCAGGCAGGAGAAGGACGCGGAGCUGGAUCGGAGGAUAGUUGCCCUGCGCAAGAAGAACCAGGCCUUGCUCCGCAGGUACCAGGCCUGUCACCGUCUGUGUCUCUGUGCACCUGGGGGGCCAUGGCGUAUGCUGACCCCGGGCCCUCCCACAGGAGAUCCAGGAGGACCGUCGGCAGGCAGAGCAGGGGGGCAUGGCUGUGACCACACCAGCACUCCUCCGGCCCGAUGGCCUCACCGUUACCAUCAGCCAAGUUCCCGGUGUAAGCCUCACCCUGGGAGACAGGGCUCGUAGCAAGGAGGUGGAGGCCCAGACCACGUCAGGGGAAGACAGCUGCCUCUGUUCCCCUCUUCUACUAACUGUUCCGGGGUGCAUCCGUCAGCUCCCAACCUCCUGCAGUAGAACCACUGCUGUCCCCACCGAAGGGCCACAGCUGAAAGCUCCCCUACGCCCAGUAGAAGCCUCCUUAUACCUUUUCCAGUCCACAGCCCUGCGCCUACGCCACAAAGCACAGGCCCCUCAGCACACGGCACUCCUAAACCUCAAGCCCCAGGGGCUAAAACCCUGCAGGAAGUGGGGGACAGAGAAGUUGGGGCUGAAUGCCAGGAGCAGUGUCUGAGGGACAGAGACCCAUUGUCUGAGUGCUCUGGGUUUCCCAGCUCAGAGAUGACGGGGGCCACUGUGGCAUCUUGGGCCUCUGGGUGGCCCUGGGCCCUGGAUAACCUCAUGCCAUUGGCAUGUGAACAGCCUGUGGGAGUCAGCUCCUCUGUGGGGAAUGCAGGGAGGGCUGGGGUUGGCCUGGGGAACCACCGAGAGGACCCAGCACCCAGGUCCUGCCCAGCACUGCUCAUGUGGCCUGAGGGUCUUCGUUCUGCAGGAAAAGCGGGUGGUUAGCAGGAACUGGGCAAGGGGCACCUGUGGACCCGGAGUGACCAACGAGAUGCUUGAGGAUGAGGAUGCUGAGGACCACGGGGGUACUUUCUGCUUAGGGGAGCUGGUGGAGCUGGCUGUGACCAUGGAGAACAAAGCAGAGGCCAAACGGAUUGUAAGUGAAAAGCCCAUCAGAGCAAGGAACCAAGGCACAGAGGGGUCACCUGGAGGGCGUGUGACCCGGAGCCCCCCCAUGCAGGUGGCCAUCAGCUUGGAUUCUGCACGGAAGGGUGCUUGGGAGCCCCGGAGCCGGCCGGUGGGGGAGCCCCCAGAGGCGGGCUGGGACUACGCCCAGUGGAAGCAGGAGCGGGAGCAGAUCGACCUAGCCCGCCUCGCCCGGCACAGAGACGCACAGGGUGACUGGCGGCGCCCGUGGGACCUGGACAAGGCCAAGCCCACGCUACAGGACUGCAGCCAGCUAAGGGGAGAAGGCCCAGCCAGGGCAGGCAGCAGAAGGGGUCCCAGGAGCCACCGGAAACUACAGCCCCCACCAUUGCUCCCUGAUGGAAAAGGUCGGGGCGGGCAAGCCAGCAGACCCUCGGUGGCACCAGCCACAGGCAGCAAAGCCCGGGGCAAGGAGAGGCUGACUGGCAGGGCCCGAAGGUGGGAUAUGAAGGAAGACAAGGAGGAGCUGGAGAGUCAGGAGGGAAGCCAAAGCACCAGAGAGACUCCCACUGAGGAGGAGCAAGCACAGAAGCAGAGCGGGAUGGAGCAGGGCCGACUGGGGAGCGCCCCUGCAGCCAGCCCAGCCCUGGCAUCCCCAGAGGGGCCAAAGGGGGAGUCAGUGGCUUCCACAGCCAGCUCAGUCCCCUGCUCUCCACAGGAGCCUGACUUGGCUCCUCUUGACCUCUCUCUAGGAGGGGCUGGCAUCCCUGGGCCUAGGGAGAGCACGUGUGUGCUCAGUCUGAGGCCUGGGGCCCAGGAGAGCCCUGUGUCUUGGCCAGAGGGCUCUGAGCAGCAGCCCGUGGGGUGGAACGAUCACCAGACUGAGCUGGAAGUCCAGACUUGCCCUGAGCCACAGAGAGGAGCAGGGCUCCCAGAGCCCAGAGAAGACAGGUCUGGCAAGGCUGGGGCCCAGCAAGGCCUGGCCCUGAGAAGCCGGCCCCCCAGAGGAGGCAGCCAAGGGCCGAGAGGCACAGCAGGUAUGAGGCGCAGGACAGGGCGCCCUGGCCCUGCAGGAAGAUGCUGAACACAGCUCUUGGGAGCUGGGGCACCCCGGGGGAGAGGAAGAGGGAAGCACUCCGUUAAGAGCCCUCCGCAUGACGGCCAUGUGGUUGCUGGUGGCUUGCGCCAUUGUCACUGAGCAGUGUGGCAAACUCUCCAGCACGGCGACCGUGUGAGGGCAAGGAGUGGCCUCCCUGCACCUCACAUGCUCAUCCCCGUGCACAUGUGGGUUUUCACACACGAGCCCAGCCCCUGGUCUAUUCCCCUGGCAUCUGAGGCUGGUGCACCCUGACCUGGGCCUACUGCUGCCCAGGCCACAAGCCCUCUCCACUAUGACGAGAGAACAAGGCUUGGUGGCACCCAGCCUGGCUCUCCUGGCUCCCCUGGCUCCCUGUCACCCCUCAGGGCCUGGCCUCCCUCUCCAGCUGCAGGCUUUCACCUCUUGCCUGGGCUGGAUUCCCCCAGUCCCAGAUUCCCAGGAUGCCCAACCAGAGGAAUCCCAGUAGCCACGUGCCAGUCUCCUGCCUCUCCUGAGUGGUGGCUGAGGCCUGGAGGAGGGGAGGCCACACAGCUGGCAGGGUCUGGCCUGGGCAAAGAAGAGUAGUGCUCACGUCUUCUCAGUGAAAAGGAGGAUCUCUGGAAAGUCCUCCUCUGAAAUGGGGUGGGAUGGGGAGGGACAACCUCCUCUCCCACUGGAGAUGGGAGAGCUUACUCCCAGGCCGCCACACCCAGGUCAGACACCACGUGCACCCUGAAUGGAGGCAAGGGCCUGGCCCUGCAGCUCAGGGUCAUUUCCUGCCCUUUCCACUUCCUCUUUCCCCACCGCCCUGCACUAGCACCAGGGCCAGGCCAAGGCAAGAAUCAGACAGGGACUCCACAGACAGAGAAACAACUUCCAGCUAAGUAUGACAUCAGGACUUGUCUUUCCUACAAAGCCUCCAUCCCCACCCCUCCCCUGAGGCCCACGUCUGCUGAAUUAUCCGGACUCCGCACAAGCUGUGGCUUCCUCUCAGUUCAACAAACAUUUCCUGAGCACCCACUACCAGUAAUCCAGCCGGUAGGCGACGGAGACUGCCAGCAGGAGGGGGGGAAGAAAGCCAGUCAUCCGGCAGAUCUGGGCUGUUCUGGGCGGGAGCUGUUCUGGGCCAUAGGUGCCCUACAGGGCUGGGGGCAGGAUGGCAGUAGGAGCUCCAGGGGACCCUCCCACCUCUGCUUGGCACAAGCAGGUGCCCUUCUUUCUUGUUAUGUGUGCCUUCUGCUCCUGAGCCCUGGUGUGGACCUCACCGCAUGGUCCCCUCUGCCCCCUCCUCUCUGGUCCUGCCAUGGCUGCUGUUCUCUGCUGAAGGCUGUGGGGCUCUAGGGAGAGUCUGGACCACCCUGGGAUUUCUCCACUGCCCAAUGUGAGGACUAAACUGUGGGGUCCCAGCUCAGCCUUCCUCACUAGCUCUCAACUCUACCUCACCCCUCUAUUCAGGAAGGUGAGGGGUGUCUCUUUAGCAGAUGAGACUGUUUUGAGAAGUGUCUCUCAUAUUUUAACUGAAGAGUCAUGCAGAUUCUAAUGGUCUGGGGAGGGUCUGAGAGUUCAUCUUUUUUUUUUUUUUUUUUUUUUUUAAGUUAGGGUCUUGCUGUAUCACCUAGGCCAGAGUGCAGUGGUGCAAUCAGGGCUCACUGCAGCCUCGAACCCUGCAGGCUCAGGCGAUCUUCUCACCUCAGCCUCCUGAGUAGCUGGGACUACAGGCGUGCCACCAUGCCUGGCUAAUUUUUGUAUUUUUUGUAGAGGCAGGGUUUCACCAUGUUGCCCAGGCUGGUCUCCAACUCCUGGGCUCAAGUGAUCUGCUUGCCUUGGCCUCCUAAACUGCUGGGAUCACAGGCAUGAGCCACCACCCCUGGCCAAGAAUUCAUAUUUCUAAGAGGCUUCAGGUGAAGCCCAUGCUGGUUCCUGGACCAUGCUUUUGAGUCGUCAAGGGCUUGGACUAGAAUAUAUGAAGGGCUGGGAGUGAAGACAGACUCUAGACUCUAAAGGUUGGUGGCUGGCCAUGUAGGGGAUGGGAGAGUGCUAGCCCUGUCAGGUGGUGGGGGCUUCCUGGCUUCAGAGUUGGGUGGGAGACUUGGGGAAGAUGCUUUGGAAGUAAGUGAGUGGGUGGUGUCAACUUCUGGUAGUGCAGUGGGAGAGCUGGUCAGGGAUGGGAUGGGAUGGAGUGAAGGGGGUAGAGGCAUUUGGUAUGGGGUUGAUCAGAGGAAUUUUGGAAAGGCUUGGAAACAUUCCUAUAUAUGUGAGACACACCUAUGCCAGGGCGAAGACUCCAAGCUCAAGUUUUUCUCUUGCCUUCUAGUCACAAGAACAUGGCUUUGGAGUGUGACACUGGCCUAGGGAUCCGUGACUCCCAAAGGAUGGGGCCAGGGGUAGAGGAGGUUCAGGCAAAGACCUUGGAUUUUGGAGACAUCAGGCAGAUGUCUCCAAAAACGAUUGUGAUCAAGAAUCUGAAUUAUAAGAUUCACAAUGUGCUCCCCAACCCAGUGCUGCCAACUGUACAGCUGCACCUCCACAAAGGGGCAUACGCCAGGCUCGUCUGACCCUGGGAUGAGGAUGUAGGAAGCAGGCAGAGCUCCGGUUCAGCCCUCACAACGGGACUGAAGCAGGAGGGAAGGCUGGGCAGAAGGGCUGUGGGGAAGUAGGGCUUGUCUCCGUGGAGUGACAUCUCGAAGGAUGUUAGGAGGAGGGGUGUCACAGGAGUUACAGGCAUUGGAGGGAACAGAGACUGGCGCAGGACCUCUUCAUUGCAGGAAGAUGGUAGUGCAGGCAGGUAACAUUGAGCUCUUCUCAAAAAAGGAGAGCUCUUCUUCAAGAUAAGGAAAGUGGUAGUUAUGGUGGUAACCCCCAGCUAUCUGUCCAGAUGGGUGCCACCCCUCCUGCUCUAGGAUGGAAGCAGCCAUGGAGCAGGAGGGAGGCGCAAGAAGACACCCCUCCGCAGACCUUGGCAUCAUGGGAAACUGGUUCUACCUCUUCCUGGCUCCUUUGUUUAAAGGCCUGGCUGGGAGCCUUCGUUUUGGGUGCCUUUCUCUUCUCCAACCAACAGACAAGACUACUCUUCAAAGGUGGAGGGUCUUCAUGAAACACAGCUGCCAGGAACCCAGGCAUAGGGCUGGGGGCCCGGAAAAAGGAGGGCACACAGGAGGAGGGGAGGAGCCAGUAGGGAGAUGCUGGCUUUACCUAAGGUCUCGAACCAAGCAGGGCAGAAUAGGCAGAGGCCUCUCCAUCCCAGGCCCAUUCUUGACAGAUGGCGGGAGGGAAAUGCAAUAGACCAGCCUGCAAGAAAGACAUGUGUUUUGAUGACAGGCAGCGUGGCCGGGUGGAACAAGCACAGGCCUUGGAAUCCGAUGGACUGAAUCAGAACCCUAGGUCUGCCAUCUGUCAGCCAGGUGACCUGGGUCAAUUUUUAGCCUCUAAAAGCCUCAGUCUCCUUAUCUGCAAAAUGAGGCUUGCGAUACCUACUUUGAAGGGUUGCUGAGAAAAUUAAAGAGUAUCCAAAAUAGUCUAUGGCCAUACCACCCUGAAUGCGCCCGAUCUCGUAAGCUAAGCAGGGUCAGGCCUGGUUAGUACUUGGAUGGGAAGAGUAUGGAAAAUGUACCUGCCCGCAGGUGGAGUUGGACUCUCUCUUAACAGUUGCCUGGCACACAGAAGGCACUCAGUGAAUAUUUGUUGAAUAAAUGAAGUAGCGAUUUGGUGUGA